CACGUGAAAACGAUUGUUGAAUCAGUGUUUUAGAGGUUGAGUUUUCUUAGGUGACUGUGUGUCUCGGUUUGUUUAAGUUCGCGCUGUCCCAAGCUGUUCACUCGGGAUAAAAAUUCGCUGGGGACGCGAUUCUAGCGAUACGCAGAGCGGAGAUACGCCUACUUUAUAUUUUAGUAUUUGUCCAAUUCUUUUGUUUGGAAACUGACAGUGUUUAGUAGAAACCUGUUUUUCCACAACAUAUUGAGAAAAUGUGCAUGAAAGAUAAAAGAUGCUAACACGAUAAAACUGUAAAAGCGAGUGCCGUCACAAUGGGAGCCUUCCUGGAUAAGCCGAAGACUGAAAAGACGAACGAACAUGGAGCAGGGAAUGGAUUACGGUUUGGUGUCUCGAGUAUGCAAGGAUGGAGAGUGGAAAUGGAAGAUGCGCAUCGCGCCAUAACAGGACUGGGCUCUGACCUCAAGGACUGGUCAUUUUUUGCAGUAUUUGAUGGUCAUGCUGGAGCAAGAGUUUCUGCUCAUUGUGCAGAACAUUUAUUAGAAUCCAUUGUGAAAACGGAAGAGUUUCAAAAAUCUGAGUUUAUCAAAGGCAUCCGCUCUGGCUUCCUGAAUUUAGACGAUAGAAUGCGAAUGCUACCAGAACUUGCAAGUGGAGAGGACAAGUCAGGGUCUACUGCAGUUUGUGCAUUAAUUUCUCCUCGACAAGUGUUUGUGGCUAACUGUGGGGACUCUCGGGCUGUUCUGUGUCGUGCUGGACAACUUGUCUUUUCUACUCAAGAUCAUAAGCCUGUCUUGCCAACUGAAAAAGAGCGAAUCCAGCGGGCUGGAGGAAGCGUAAUGAUUCAGCGAGUUAAUGGAUCACUUGCAGUGUCAAGAGCCUUAGGAGAUUAUGAAUACAAGAAUGUUGAAGGUCGUGGUCCUUGUGAGCAAUUAGUGUCACCUGAGCCAGAAGUUUUUGUACAUGAAAGAAGUGAUGACAAGGAUGAAUUCCUUGUUCUUGCUUGUGAUGGUGUUUGGGACGUAAUGAGUAAUGUGGACUUGUGUGACUACGUCCGGUCAAGGCUUCUGCUUUCUGAUGAUCUAGAGAACAUUUGUAACCAAGUUGUUGACACAUGCUUGUUUAAGGGUAGCCGGGAUAAUAUGAGUAUUGUGCUGGUUACCUUCCCAGGAGCUCCUAAACCCUGUGAUGAUGCCAAGGCUAAAGAGGCAGACCUGGAAGCUUAUUUAGAGAGGAGGAUAACUGAACUUGUACGGGACAGGAUGGGAGGGGAUGAUUUGGAAUUCGGACAUGUGCUACAAAUUCUGCAAGAGGAAGAAAUCCCUGGUCUCCCGCCUGGUGGAGGAAUCAGUGCAAAACGAAACUUCAUUGAUAAUGUUUUCAAGAGGCUGUGUCCAAAUAAAGUAGAAAGUGUAAUAAGCUAUGACGGCUUUUGAGAACCCUGUAUGCUGUAAGUUUCUACCCAUUUUUUUAACCUGUUUCAUGAAAAAAAAGGAAAAACUUUACUGCAAUAAAACGUUCUUUCCUCUUUUAAUUUUCUCUCCUCCACCCUUGCGGGUUUUGAUUUUUUAUAAGCAUUUGUAUGAAAUUUUAUAUAAUUUAACAGUCACAUAACUCGUCUUAUGUAUUUAUAUAUCAUUUGCUGUGUAUGAUGUAUGUUAAUUUGUGAAUUCUCUUCCUCCUUUUCUUUCUUUUUAAAAAAUUUCAAUGUGUAGUUAGAAAUUGGUGUGAAUUCAUUGGAAUUGGGUACAACUUCCUCACUCACGACUUUCACUCUAUCAAUUUAACUGGUGAAAUUAUUCAAUGGUUACGUUUCAGUAUCAUCCAACUAGUCGUAACUCUUCAAAUUAAGUUCAUGAUGGCUUAUGUUCUCUUUCAAAAAUCAGCACCAUGAUUGUGAUAACAAAUUCCAAAGGAUUGAGGUUUGUAACCAAAUUAUCUGUUUGUAUGCUCUAAAUUAACAUGAAAUUAAAUAGACAGUUCAAUCAUUAUCUUGUGGUCAGGUUUGCGCUGUCCAAUUAAUUUUAAAUGGUUUGCGAACUUUGUGGUGUCUGUCUUAGAUUAGUAUUCCCUUACUAACCCCUUCUGUAAUACUUGUGACAGUAUCAGUACAUCCUUUUCUUAAUAGCAUUGCUGUUAAACACAUUUUGAUGUCACAUCUACCUGCUUUGUGAAGUGAGGAGAGUUCAGGCUUACCAACCGACAGUGAUAGGAGCCCGAGGAAUAAGGUCUUGGACACAGCUAUGAUUGGUACUUCUCUGCCAUAUUGCUUUUGUGUUUUAUGAUGUUUUAUUUCUUGUUCCUCUGAUUUUAAAUACUUAGCGAAUUCACCUCUUUGUGACUCACUGGAAGAAAAUGUGAUGGUCUCUGUAUUACCGUUUUGCAUUUUAGUUUACUUGGAAGGGUUUUCUUUUGUAUAAUUUCAUGAAAUCCAGUAUGCUUUACGACUCCUUUCUAAGAACCUGCAUUGAAAUAUGUGAUGUUUAAAUUAGCAUGUAUGGAAGGUUUAUUGAGUAAAAUUUUCGUAGUUAAAGUUGUUAUGCAAGCGAACUGAAUAAAGCAGUGAAUGGUGAUAACUCA